UUUCCGAACCUAAUAGCAAUGGUCAAAAGCGCCAAGGACAUCCAAGCGGUGGUCAAGUUUGCCCAUGCGCACAACCUACAUGUGACCGUGCGCAGUUCCGGUCACGACUACAUGGGCAGAUCCACGUGGGAGGGGAGUUUCCUGAUUAAUCUCUCCGAAAUGAAUGAAAUGGAGAUCGACCUCAACUCAAGUCGGUCUCAGUACGGGACGGUUAAAGUACAAACCGGUCUACAGUGGCAGGAAAUAUACCAAAAGCUGAACGCGGUGAGUCGCGUGGUGGUGGGCGGAAGUGCCCACACGGUGACCCCUGGCGGUUACACCCUUGGAGGCGGUCACAGCCCCGUGUCUCGCUCUUUGGGGUACGCGGUAGACAAUCUUCUCGAGGUUCAGAUCGUUUUCGCCGACGGCUCGAUCGCCACGUGCACGGAGUCCCGAACAGUCAUUAAGACUUACGACGGAAACUUCCAGUACGUCGAGAACGGGGACCUGUUCUGGGCGCUACGGGGCGGUGGCCAUUCAUUCGGGGUGGUUGUCUACUUCCUGUUCCGCCUUCAUCCGAUGCCAAAAGGGAUGGUAACCUUCGCGUCCACCAUAGCUAUUGACAUUCCUGCUUUUGGCAUCAAUUAUUUCAACGCGACCAUGCUACUGCUUAGGGAUCUUAUUGUAACAAUGCCUACUCAAUGGGGUGGCUACUGGAUGAUCAACAACGGCCCGGGAACCUUUCCAGUUGGCGAAAGCGUCAUUCAAUAUAGAGGGCUUCUUAGUCUGUACUUCAACAAGUUUGGCGCUUGGGAUGGCACGGAAAAGGCAGUUUUCAAGUCAUUCACCGACUGGGCUACGGCUGCGAACGUUCCGUUUACGUUUGCAAAUAAAUCCGACUUUUGGGACUUCGAGAAAGACGCUGCUGAUCCUCCGAUAACGCGCGCGUACCUGGCGAACAGUCUUCUGCAACCGGAACUAUUGACGGAGGAGUUUUUAAGUUUCAUGCACAGUGGCUUGUUUUUGACAUCUGAGUACCUUGGGUGCACGGGAGUUACUCUUGCAGGAAAAACGACCAAUGAGCCCUCAGGCGGCACCCCGCUACAUCCGGGCUACCGCUCCACGAUAACGAGUCUAUCUUGCGGCAUUGUCUUGAAUGACGCGGACAAAGAUCUCCUGGAUCAGCCUAACAAGGACCAGGAGCGAAUUGAGGGAUUCUGGCCAUUCGCAGAGGGUCUCCGAAAGUACGGUCGCGGGAUGUACGUGAACGAGGCGUGGAAAGACAACCCCUACUGGAGGGAGGACUUCUGGGGAUCCAAUUAUGACCGUCUGCUCAGUGUCAAGCUCCGCUUCGACCCGAAGAACUUCUUUACGUGCCAUCACUGCGUCGGCUCCGAGCAUCUGCCGGGGCCUAAAGACGGAACAUCGGUGGCAGCGCGAAUGGCCGCUCCCUGGCUUCUUGUCGUGCUUGUCAUGGGACUAAUAAGGUGAUGGAUGUGCUAUGUUAUGAUGUUAUAUGUUCACAGUAAAAUAUACCACAUGCCUGUAAAGAAAAUGGUAUCAUUGGUAAGAAAUGACAGCGAGAAGCAUUUUCAUUUGUACAAUAGAAGGGUUUGCGUGGGGAUCAUAAAAGAAUAAAAUUCCUUUGAAAAUAUUGAGAAAAUCACAAAAUUCACACAACAUGUUUAGAAUUGCAGGGAAUAAGCGGGAACUUCAUCAUAAGGGGUAAAUCGGGAAAAACGAAAACUUUGGGAAAAUAUAUAAAGCUCAGGGUUUCUUAAUAGAGGGGGGGACUGUAACAAUUUUUUGUUGUUGGGAAUAUAGGAAUAAUGUGUAUACCGCAACGUUGUUUAUUUUACCCUUUCCCACUCAGAGGCAAAGUGAAACUGGCUAUGUGCAAACAGCAUAAAACCAGAUCAGCCUGCAAGUAGCUAGCAAUCUGUUCAGGCUUAAUGUUGUUUGACGCUCAUCAGUAUCUAAGGGUUGGAAAUGAAGCUUUGAAAACUUGAGUCUAGUAAGAAAGGUCUUAAAUUAAAUUUAAUUUUCAACUGGAAUACAAAUGGGUCAAAAUACGUAUCUAAGUGGUAAAGGGAUAAGGUUUUAUGAAGAAAUUGAAGUAUUUUCUUUCAUUUUAAAGGAUAAUAUGUAUUUGUAAAAUACAUUAUUUCAUAAGCAUGCUACUGGUCUAUAUCAACACAAAAUGCGUUAUUUUUGCUAUAAAGGUAGGGCUUCGCUCUAUAAUGGUUGCCUCCAACUGCUGUGAGGGGAUAAAUUAACGUUUAUUAAUUUUAAUAGUUCAUCAUAGUAAAGUAAGGAUCUUUUUCUAAAAUUCGAGUAAAAUUCAUAUUUGGUAUGCAUGUGUAUAUGGACAAGGCCUUUCCAUACGCACAAUUUUUUUUACCCCUGUGACCUUGACCUUGAACUUAGGGUACGCGUUUAGGUUUCGAAAUCUGCGUUUAGGGUUUGAAAAAUGCUCAUAACUUCUAUGUCCCUUGAGAUAUAACCUUCAUAUUUGGUAUGCAUGUGUAUAUGGAAAAGGCCUUUCCAUGCGCUCACAAAUUUUAACCCCUGUGACCUUGACCUUGAACUUAGGGUCCGCGUUUAGGUUUCGAAAUCUGCGUUUAGGUUUCGAAAAAAGCUCAUAACUUCUAUGUCUCUUGAGAUAUAACCUUCAUAUUUGGUAUGCAUGUCUAUAUGGACAAGGCCUUUCCGUACGCACAAAAAUGUUAUCCCUGUGACCUUGACCUUGAACUUAGGGUCUGUGUUUAGGUUUCAAAAUCUGCGUUUAGGUUUUGAAAAAUGCUCAUAACGUCUAUGUCCCUUGAGAUAUUACCUUCAUAUUUGGUAUGCAUGUGUAUAUGGACAAGGCCUUUCCAUACGCACACAAAUUUUGACCCCUGUGACCUUGAACUUAGGGUCCGCGUUUAGGUUUCGAAAUCUGCGUUUAGGUUUUGAAAAAAGCUCAUAACAUCUAUCAAGCGUUUAUAGGGGGCAUAAGUCAUCCUAUGGUGACAGCUCUUGUUCAUCAAGGAAUACCACAAAUACAUUUUGAUUGAUAUGCAUGAAUUUGUAGCACAUAAAAUCAACUAUUCGUACCUUGUGUUGUUUUUAUCACUCUGCAAUCCAUAAGAAAACGUAGUAAGCAUGUUACAGUAUGAGUAUUUAAAUCAUAAUGGAAUAUAAUGUACAUUGUUUGCAGUUUUGUGUAUUCUGUACACUAAAUCAGAUACA